CUCUGUUUGCUGUUGUCUCUCCAACACUGUGGUGUUUGAAUCUCCCCUGGGGGACAACAAAGAAGGUAAUUUGGUACCAUGAUCUAUUGAGAAGUUUUCAAACGUCAGACUCUGACCUGGUUAUCUGCGUUAUCUGGUGUCAUUCUCCUUCCUCGUGCUUGAAAACGCUCAGGAAAACAUGGACUGUCCCCUGGUCAAAUCACGCAGGAGGCGCAAAGAAACCAAAACCUUGACAGAAUGAUCACAAAAAUCGAGAUAAAUGAAGGUGAAAAUAGAAUGAAUCAAAGAAUAGCAAGAAAGAUUGGACCUUUCUGACGGUUUUUAAUUUUAGUUUUACACACACAGAUACACUGGCGUGCACUAUAUCGAAGUUGUCAUAUUAUCUGUGACCCUAGAAACUCUUACGCCUCAGAUUCCCUUCUUUGUUUGGCUUCAAUUUGUGCAGUUGUUGGCUGUUCACUCGGCGCCAGCUACGUACUGUGUGUGUUUCUGUGAGUGUGUGUUUUGAGCCUCCCCGCUGUGGCGUGGAGCAGAAGAGUUCUAGCACGAGAGAGUGUGUGUGUGUGUCCUGAGGGAGCUUGUGGGAGUGGUGAGAAGGACUGAAAGAAGUGACCGUAGUGGAGCUGUAGAUGGACAGUGAGGAAGUGAUGGGGGCUUAUAUAAUGCCGAGCAGCGUGGUAUUGAUCCAGGAUGCCGAGACCUGCAUUCUACGGCGGGCGGGCUCAGCCCAGGAGCCUCAGAAUAAGUCCCCAUGGUUGGCAGAUUAAAGGAUGAGACCUGAGCAACAAGCCGCACAACUCAACACAAACCAGCAGCCAUGAGGAGCAGCUGAGAGAACGCAGCGCCACACUGCGCCACCGCAGCAUGACCCGGAGUCGGAAGAUCCAGAUCCGUAACAUUCCCCCGGAUCUACGGUGGGAGGAUUUGGACAAUCUUCUAGCCCGCUAUGGUUGUGUGGAAAACGUGGAGCAAGUAAACACUGACACAGAGACCGCAGUGGUGAAUGUUACGUACGCGACCAAGGAGGAAGCGAAAGAAGCCAUUGAGAAGUUGACUGGACACCAGUGCGACAACUAUUCUUUCAAGGUGUCGUACAUCAUGGAUACGGAUGCUGCGCUGGUCCAGACUCCACGAGCACGACGUGCAGGUCGAUCACCACGGGACCAGGGUUCACCUGUGGCUGGGCCCUCUGGAGGCUUCUACCCUCCUCGUCCAAGAAACUGUCUCCUUUUCCGAAUGCAGGUGCCCACUCAGUAUGUGGGGGCCAUCAUUGGCAAAGACGGACUCACUAUCAAGAACAUCACCAAACAGACACAGUCCAAGAUUGACAUUCAUCGGAAGGAAAACGCGGGUGCAGCAGAAAAGCCCAUCACCAUCCACUCAACUCCAGAGGGCUGCUCCGCCGCUUUCCGCAUGAUCCUGGAGAUCAUGCACAAGGAGGCCAACGAGACCAAGGCGACGGGGGACCUGCCAGGACAACUCCUGGCUCUUAACCACCUGGUGGGCCGGCUGAUCGGGAAGGAGGGCCGCAACCUGAAGAAGAUCGAGGAGGAGACAGGGACCAAGAUAACCAUCUCCUCGUUACACGCCUUGACCAUCUACAACUCUGAGCGGACCAUCACGAUGAAGGGAAGCCUGGAUGCGUGUUGUAAAGCUGAAGUGGAGAUUUCCAAGAAACUGAGGGAAGCUCACGAGAACGACAUUGCUGCUCGAAAUCAACAGUCCAACUUAAUCCCUGGCUUGAACCUGAACGCUCUUGGCAUCUUCUCAUCUGGUUUGCCAGUCAUGCCCCCUGCUGGAGGACCUCGUGGUAGCGUGCCGCCAGUGGUACCUGCUGGAUACCCAUUCUUUGGUCCCUCUUCACAUGGUGGACUGUACGGGGCCCCUCCAGGAAGUUCUCACCUGCACUCAGCUCCAGAACAGGAGGUCGUCUACCUCUUUAUUCCAACUCAGGCAGUCGGAGCUCUGAUCGGCAAGAAGGGCCAGCACAUCAAACAACUCGCCCACUUCGCAGGAGCUUCUAUUAAGAUUGCCCCAGCUGAGGGCCCCAACGUGACGGAGAGGACAGUGAUCAUUACUGGAACCCCGGAGGCUCAGUUUAAGGCUCAGGGUCGGAUAUACGGCAAGCUGAAGGAGGAGAACUUUUUCUCAGCGAAAGAGGAAGUCAAACUUGAGACCCACAUCAAGGUUCCUUCCACUGCGGCGGGCAGAGUGAUCGGCAAAGGUGGCAAGACGGUAACUGACCUGCAAAACAUGACGAAUGCUGAGGUCAUCGUGCCUCGCGACCAAACCCCUGACGAGAACGACGAGGUCUUUGUGAAGAUUAGUGGACAUUUCUAUGCCAGCCAGACUGCACAAAGAAGAAUUCGGGAGAUCAUCCAGCAGGUCAAACAUCAGGAACAGAAGCACCAGCAAGGCGCCGCCAUGUCACCACACCACUCCAAGUGACAACCAGGGCGGCUCCAGUGGGCACCAGCCAAUGAAUGUAGCCCUCCCGAACGGACAGAGACCUACCCAGACAAAGGCCGAGGCCAAGGGGGACAUGCAGGGCAGACCAGCAGCACCGGGAUCAAAACCAAAGAACUUCACUGAGGGGAGAUACAAGUGAGAGCCAAAGGCUGAGGGCAUUGCGUGCACUGCCAGCCCUGUGAGAGCAGAUAGAACAGGAGAAACCGUACUGAUAUCAAUUUAAAAAGAAAAGUUUUAAAAAAAGACCAAAAAAAUAUAUAAAAAAGAGAAAAUGGCUGAGAAUAUAAGAACUGACGCUUCACAGUUGACAAGGUGAAGAAUAGUAUGUCGCCCUGCGUAACGUUAUCUCUUUAGUUGGACUAACAUAGGCCUAACACAGAUGAAGCAACUCUAACAACACAAGCAUUAUUUUUGAGUUCUGACAGAACUGAGGAAACUAGCUUGACAUAUGCAGACUGAUGAAAUAACAGUAUUAAUACAGGGUAGAGUGGAAUAUCCAUCCGCGGACAGAAGGCUGUUAUUUUUCUACCGGAACGACAGUAGAGCGCGUAGUUCGUUGACCGCUUGUUUGAGACGUAGAUUGACGCUUCCCUCACAGUCCAUACUUGACGUGAAAGAAAAUCCCCCCCGACGAGCGAACGCGGUGAACGGUUCUCAGUUUUUGUAACAAGCCUGUGUGUGCCAACCCAAAAGAUAACGUCCCCACGUCCCUCACCGAUCAUACCUGAUGCUACGCUUUCUUUUUCUGCCUCUCUCUGCUGUCACUCUCUCAUCACUCUCGCUGUUUUCAUCACCACACUUUCCUCCUCCGUCGCCUUUCUUUGAUAACAUUGAACUGACUGCCACUAGAGUUAAACAGGGAUGGCUGAAGCGCCGCCAUCCCUCCCCCACACGUGGAUCUACAUCGUGCUUGUUGUCCUGAUGAAUAAUUAUGUCUGGAGAAUAAUAGUAAUCGGCGCAAAAAUUGAGGUUAAUAUGUGAAUGUGCACUGCCACCGAGAGCUGGAAACGAAAGGAGGGGCCUGGUUUUGGAGUAGGGUGGGUUGAGGAACAGUAAGUUGCAAGGGGUGGGCACUGUAUGUCCUGUGGUACACACACAACCGCAAACGUGACCGCGGCCGCGUCUUGGCUUUAACCGCCUUUUGUCAGGGAGGUUUCCGAAACGGCAUGACAGCUGUGAAUGUACAAUAUGCAGCCUUUUCUUUCUUUCUUUUCUUUGUUUUUUUUUAUUUUUACAACAGAAAAAUCACCCAUGCCUUGUCCAGCAGGCCAGACCAGCCACGCAGACACUCAGAUUGUCACUCUGAUAUUGUUUCGGCAGGCCGACUGCCCUGCCGGUGGCGCUAGUGUACACAGGUCCUGGUCUCCCUUUUUACUUUCAAGAUCUUUGGAAGCUUGUUGCCUUAUUUUGCCACCAUCACUUCAUCAGCUUCAUCUUCCAGGCGCAAAAGGUUAUUGCCAAUACGCACAGCUUCCUCCACGUGUGUGUAUGUGUGUGUGCGCAUGUGUGUGUGUGUAUAUAUAUAAAAACAGAGUAAUAUUUAUGAAUCUAUUUUUUCCUAUUUUGUGAUGAGAGCUAUAAAUAAGAAAACAAGAGAAAACAAAGUCCUUUUUCUUUUCUUCCUCAGUGGGACACUGCCAUAUUAUUUUGAAGGGAAGUGUUUAUUUUCUUGAGAACUAGACUAUGAAUACUAAUAUAAAUAAACCUGAAAAAACAAGGCGAGAACAGUCAAGUGAACCACCGCGUUAACUUUGGUCAGGAUGUAAACAGUGCGCAUGUCAGUAUUGUGAUCUACCUCAGGCUUCAGGGUACCUCAGUCCAAUCUUUCAUUUCCCCUUUUUCACAUUUUGUAUGCCUUGUUAACUGAUCAUUUUGAGCGUUUUUGAUUUUCUUUUUUUUAAUGACGAAAAAAAAAAAAAACAAGAGACAAGAUAUCUAUAGUGAAUCUCUUCAGGUCCAGCCCAGAAGUGAAACUUUCUAAAACCGUAUUCCACUGUCCCGAAGUGAAACGGCAGCAUCCGGGCCUGCCUGAAGCGGUUCUGUUGGUCGGGUCCUGGUUUCACGCUCAGAGGCACUGGAGAUUAACAACCCCACGAUAGAAGCCAACCAACUGUACCUCCAGCUUUUCCAGAGCUCUAAAGAAACACACACACACAAUGAAGUUUAUUUACCUGUGACAGAGGUUAUUUUGUACCAACACAACUUUACCAGCCCUAUUUUGUAAAACUCACUCGGGGUCAAACUGAAGCUGCAAAAAGACACUGACAGGACUUUUGUGUAGAAUGUAGAGCAGACUUAAUGUCACUGUGUACAUCAGGAGAACUGUAUAAACAUGUACAAUAGUCACACUUCCUGUCUCCUCACACACACAUCUGCAUCGUGAGAAUCACAGAUCGCAUUGGCCGCUUUUUUUUUUCUAUCAGCGCGUUUAUCUAGAUCUUGUUGCGCUUUACCUACAAUUAGAGCUGACCGGUUUCGUCCCAGUGAACACAGACGUGCUGCUCUCGACUUCAUCAGAACCUCACACUGAUGAUCGCUCACCAGACCCCAUUUAAGUACCGUGACCUUACUCAUAUGAAUGCAGUACAGUGCUUCGUCUCUGUCGCGCCCCCCUCCUCUUGGCGGCGUGCAUCACAGUACCGCUUGAUCUUCUCAAGCGUCGCUCACGGUGUGUUUUUGCCCGUCUCCUCUUCGCGCCCUCUCGUGUUUUUGGCUCCUUCUAAGUGCAGGUUCACCUGUCACUGCUUCAAGAUGUCCGUCACCGUGGCGACGUGGCGAGCACCGCAUCCUUCUUGUCAAUAAUAUAGACCUUUUUUUCUUUUUACUUCCAAGGAUUGGAGUUUCUAGCUUUUGCGGGAUGUUGCUGUUCACUCAAAACACUCAGCAGCAGGCAAACUCUGAAAACACACAUCACUAAGAGUGUUGUUAGUCAUAUCACACGGUGGUUGGAAAACUUUAUUAGGCUUUAUUUUGUUUUUCUGUUGAUCUGGUUUUCUGGUGUCAUUUACACUGUUUUAAUGAUGUAGUCUGGAGACGUAGCUGGGAUUCUUUGCUUUAAUAUUCAUUCCUAUUAGAUCACUACCAAUAAUAGCUGUUAGAUUGUGGUUUUAAAAAAUAUGCUAGGAGUUUGAGCUGAUUUGGGAAUCAAAAUGGCUAAAAAAAAAUACUUUGUCAUGCUAAAUGAGAAGUAUCCAGGUCUGAAAUGUGCAUAUUGCCUGACUGAACAUGGAAUGAAAGGGGCAUUCGACGAUCAUCAGAUCUAUGUGGAUUAUUUGAGGAAGGGUUUUAGCAUGGUCCGGAGCCAACCAGUGUUUUUGUCUUGUCUUGUUGUGAAAUGCGAAAACACAAACCAUAGCAUGAAACCGCUUGUAGUCCAUCCAGUAUGUUCUACGCUUCACACACUUUCAGUUUGAGAAACAAGGAUCCGUUUGUUCACAGUAUCUCACAAUUCUGCAGAUUUCCUUUUGUUCCCUUGUUAGGUCACCACCCUCAAGUUUUCCCACGAAACACGAAGGUUCCAGAACACCUCAAAGAUCCAUGUUGUGGAUCCGAACCGUUCUGGUUACAGGCAUACUAUUGUUUUGAGUAAAGAGUGAACUGUAUUGCUGAGCAACCUGGAUCUGAGCAAUAAACAAAAUUUGAAAGAUUAAAGUGCUGUUUU